GUCGCAACUGCGAAUGCACCAAACGUCACAAGUUCGGGAUACCAGAUAGAGGGAUGGAACUGGAGUACUUGGACAUCGUGAGCCGCAGCAUUGGUAGUGCGUUGACGUCUCAAGAACGGUCUAAUCUAGAGAUUGGCUUCAUCAAGCGCAAUGCCACGGAGAACAUCGAGUCGAUGCGGCUGUGGGGUCGGAUAUCGGGAGAAGCGCAAGACUACUUGAUCAGCGUGGCCAUUGUCGACGGCGUGGACGCCCCCAAGAAAAAGUUCUUCUUUUGCACCAACACGUCGCCGGAGCUCCAGCAGUUUCCCGAAGUGAGCAAGGACAAGCGCGAAAAAGCAAGUCGAUUCAUCGGUCGAUUGAAAGGCGACCCAUCGCGACUCCUCGACGAAUCGGAAUCGGAACCCCAAGAAGGCGAGAACAAGAACGGGGUGUUUCGCGAAGUGGAUCGGUUGGUGCUGAUUGUCGAGGCCGUCGACAGCCACACGUCUCUCAUUCCGUGCGGUGCGUUCGUCGUGUCGGCCACCCAUCACGUGGUUCCCAAUCGAUUGUUUCAAGGCUUGACUUGGGAGAAAGCGCUGCAAUUGGGCAGCUACCAUCACUUCCGUGAAGCGACCUCUGCCGAGCGCAAGAACGCCCUCGCCACGCCGGGCUUGGUGCGUCCGUCCGACUUUUUGGACCCGUUGACAGUCGACCUUGACGGUACUUGGACGUUGCGCAAGGACGGCACAGGCAGCGUUGUGUUGCUGCGCAACUUGUUGUAUCCGGGCUUUGUGUUUUUCCACAAGCCGCGCACGGGGCACUACGGGUCGGUCUACUUUGGCGACGGCCUCCGCAACCCCGACCUGGCGUUUAUGUUGUAACCACCACGAAUACAUACAGCACUACUACAUCUGACGAAGGAAGGAGCAAUAUAUCUGUAUAGAAUCGUUACUACACAUUGCCAUAUUACUAGUAUAUUUUCUUAUCCAAA